GUACUCCAGUUAUGAUGCAUUUCAUGGGUAACAUACUGUUGCCCUAUAUUACCCAGUACACCUCCAACUCAGUGGCUUUAUUUGAGCUCAGAGGUCUUUGAGAAAAGCAACACCAGCUGAAAGCAGGACUCCCUGUCAGUGGAAAGAGAAUGAUGGCAGAGUGUGGGGUCGAAAGUCAGCAAACUCAGAGGCGUCUUGGUGAAAAGAAGCAUAAAAACGGAGAACUCACAGACUCAGAUCUUCCAGAAGAGGAGAAGAAGAAGAAGAGAGACAGGGAAGACCAUGAAAGCCUGGUGUUAUGGAAGAGGCCUCUGCUCACACUUUACUACUUCUCCCUGGAGCUGUUCAUCACUCUUAAGGCGUGGAUGUGGAGGCUUUGGCGUCAAAGACAGACAGUGUUUGGACUUGUGAUGCUGCUUAUCCUUCUCUCUAUUGCUUACCAUAUUGAGGGACCACAUCAGAAGUACGUGCGCUACAUGGAGAAGAAGACACUGUGGUGCGCCUAUUGGGUCGGCCUGGGUAUCCUCUCCUCUGUGGGUCUUGGCACCGGCUUGCACACCUUCCUGCUCUACCUGGGACCUCACAUUGCAGCGGUGACUCUGGCAGCCUAUGAAUGUGGUUCGGUGGAAUUCCCUGAGCCUCCCUAUCCGGACCAAAUUGUCUGUCCCCAACAGGAAGCACCAACAUCCGGCCCUGGUGCUGAGCAGGUGGAUGUGGGGGCAGACAGGAUGGUGGCCCCAGCGGGCCUCCAGGGAAGCAUCUCCCUCUGGACAAUCAUCUCAAAAGUUCGUCUGGAAGCUUGUAUGUGGGGCGCUGGUACCGCUAUAGGGGAGCUCCCUCCUUACUUCAUGGCGCGGGCUGCCCGCCUGUCUGGUUCUGAUCCAGAUGAUGACGAUUACCAGAAGUUUGAGGAAAUGCUGGACCAGACCGAGUCCGCCCAGGAUUUUGGAUCCCGAACGAAAGUAGCCAUCCAGAAGCUCAUCCAGAAGGUCGGCUUCUUUGGGAUUUUAGCCUGCGCCUCUAUCCCGAACCCGCUGUUCGACCUGGCCGGAUUAACGUGCGGACAUUUUCUGGUCCCCUUCUGGACAUUUUUUGGUGCAACGCUGAUUGGAAAGGCUGUGAUCAAAAUGCACAUUCAGAAACUGUUUGUGAUCAUCACCUUCAGCAAGCACAUUGUGGAGCAGAUGGUCUCUCUCAUUGGCGCUGUUCCUCUGCUGGGUGCGGCACUGCAGAAGCCCUUCAGGGAGUACUUGGAGGCCCAGAAGGCCAAGCUGCACCAUGUCACCGGAGAGGGGACCCCAGCUGAGGAGAACUGGCUCUCGUGGCUCUUCGAGAAGGUUGUGGUCAUCAUGGUAUGCUUCUUUGUCUGCUCCAUUGUCAACUCCAUGGCGCAGAGCUACGCCAAGCGCAAGCGGCACGACAAGUCCUCGGAGAGCAAGACGGAGUGAGGACCAGUCGGAGGCAAACGGGGGGGGAAAGAUUUCGUUGGACCACCAACCUCUAAACCCUCCUUCCUUCAUAUCUACUCUCCCUUUUGGCUGAUACCCGGUCAUUAUCCCAGGCAACAAUCAAAGAAAAAAAAGUCCGACCCAUCUGGUUUCUCUCUUGCUUCUGUAACAACAUGUUUAUCUUGAACUUGGACUUCCAUCCGCUAGUUUAUGAAAGCUUUGCAAUUUGGUAGCUAUUUUGUGAUUUAUGUAUCUUUUCCCCUCAAAGGUAGGUGAUUGCUUGGGAUUUGCGUGACUCUAUGUAGGCAUCCAUGCUUUUGAGUAUUACUAAGUCUUCCCAAGUUUAUCCCAACGGUAGAAUUGUUUUAAAUACUAACCGUGUUUGCUGUUUAGUAGUUACAAUACUCUUUCAGCUUUGUAAGUUGUUCUGCUUUGGCUGAGUAGAUAAGAAACGUAGUGAAUGAGGUUUUCUUUAGAACUGCAUCAUUUCCACUUCUUGUCUUGCAGCUGUGGAGAUGUCAGUGAAUAUUUUAGGCUACACAUGGUGAGAUAGGUGACUUCUUCUGUUGUGUGGGCUGUAGUACUUCUAGAUAAGUAAUGAUAAAUCAGUCCUGAAUCACCCCCUGCUGGUCUCUUUGUCUGCCCUCAUUGUUCUGCUUCCAGGAAGAGAGCGCAUGAGUCAGCCCGGGGGGCUACUUUACCAGAUGCAGCCGUGUAUCUAUAUUCAGUCAGAUCUACAACUGAGUGAGCGUGUCUGUGCGUCACAUGAAGAUAGCGGUUUGCUUUAUUUCGUGGAUUAAAGCCGCUCAUGCAGGCUACUACCUGACGUGCUAGCUCAGAGCCGUUCUGAGAAAUCUUCUCUUUUUUUUGUCUCCUCUUGUCCUUUGGAGCUUUUUGUUCGAAAAGGAGGACACCUGGCUUUUCUUUCUUUGUCGGACUACGUCAGCUGGCUCGACUAUUACCCCACUGCCUUUUUUCUGUUUCUUAUUUUCUUUCUUCUUUUUUUUUUCUUUCAUUAUUUUAAUCGCCAAUGAAAUGUGGCGUUUUCCUCUCCCUCUCUCUCUGUGCUACGCUGGACUGAGAGCUGCGGGGACGCUAGCGCAGCAGCACAAGCAGCGGGAAGGAGGGAGGGAGGAGGAGGAGAGAGAGAGAGAAAAAAGCCCUCCAGCUCACAGUGAAAAGCGUCUGUGCCGUUACCUCAGCUGAACCCUCGAAUGAACUCGUUGCACUCCCCUCAGUCACGGAGCCAGGAGACGAAUCACUCGAGUAGAUUCAAAACAGAGGGGUACUGUUGGGUGAGCUGAACCCUGUGCUCCGCACCGGCUCUAGUCGAGAACAUUCACAUGUCCUCCUCUUUCUUUUUUUCCUCUUUCCUCCCGUCACGGUAAGUAGGAUUAGGAAUCUCUCUCUUUCUCUCUUUUUAAAAAUUCAUUGUUCUGUGUGUGUCCAUGCAUACGUCUUCAGGCAUGUUCGUCACUCUCUCGACCUGUCAGAUAGCUUAUCAGACUGGUGUUGGCUGUUAAGAUUGCAAGGCGACAACAGUCUGUAGGCUGUCUGACAUUUCGGGCUCUUUCAUCUGACCAGCAUCCUGUCGUGUCCUCCUCCUCCUCCCUCCUCGUCCUCGUUGGUAUAUCAUUGUUUCAGUUAGCAUCAGUUCCCAUUCAGAGGUGUGUGCCCCGCGAUGUCACUUCCCUUUUCUCCCAACCGCUUGCGAAACGUCGGAGUUGUGGCUCUAUUGUUUAUUUCCUCCACGCUGACGUCCGUGAGGGUUUUUAUGUGGCUUUAUGUGAGGAACUGUGUUUGAGAAUGCAGAUGCUGGUGUGUUUGCGUGCGUGUGUGUGAGCUGACUCUGUCUUUUUUUGAAAUUUCCAGAGAAUCCAGACAGUACACACCUCAUUGCAAAACAUCACAUUGUGACACCCAGCCUUAGGUAUAGUACACGCAGUGCUCAACCGGCCUCCUCCUUCCCCCUUUUUUUUUUUUUAACACUUCCCUCUUCUGUUGCAAUGAAAACUUUCUUCUGUUGCUCAAUCCUCAUUUUUGUACGAGGUAGCACUUUAUUGGAACAACCCUGUUGAUUUUUUUUCUUUUUUACCCACAGGUAGGUAAAUAUACAAAUCUGAAAUUAGUCUGACCUCUUCCCUCCCCUCCCCCAUUUUUGAGCAAACAAAUUGAACUUUCUUUAGGUUGUAAAAGUAAAAUCACUGAGUUAAGCUGGAAUGCCUUGCUGUCAUAAGGAAUGUUUUGCUUGGCCCGUUUCAGGAUGUCCUGUUCCAAGAGGGAGCCCCUUUUGGCACAGCUAACCUGAAUGUGUUUGUAUAGAAACUCAGUUCAUAUGUUCCAGGGUGAGUUCCUGUUUAUGACGAAUGUCUGUAAAAAA